AUGAGAGUGAUAACGCACUCGUUGUGUUUCUGCAAGGGAGUGGGCAAGAGCGAGAAGAUGAAAGCUUCCAUUUUCUCCGGCAAGGCUCCGGCGAUGGCGAGAAUCACCGUCGCCGGAGCUAAUGGGUUUUCCAAAGGAACCGGAUUCCUCAUCCACCGGAAUCUCCUCCUCACUACUCACCUCAACCUCCCCUCCGUCUCCGCCGCGGAGUCGGCCGAGAUCCGCCUCCAAAACGGCGUCGCUGCUGCUGUAUUCCCUCACAGGUUUUUCAUCACCAGUUCCAUUCUCGAUCUCACCAUUGUUGGUUUGGACCCUGUUGAUGGCGGCCACUCGGUUUCCCAGAACCAGCAGCCGCAUUACUUGAAGACAUGUCCUAAGCCGAAUCUGGAACUGGGAAAUGUGGUUUACCUCUUGGGCUAUACUUCACAGAAUGAACUGAAGAUUGGUGAGGGAAAGUUGGUAGUAGCCACAGAUAAUCUCGUUAAACUGUCCACCGAUGAAAUGAUCUGGAGUCCUGGGUCAGCUGGAUUCGAUGGCCAAGGGAAUCUCGCUUUCAUGAUCUGUGACCCGAGAAAACUGGCCACAUCACCAAACUCGAAUUCAUCAUCAUCAUUAUCAUCGUCUUCCUCUAGGAAGAAAGAUAAUAAGACCUUGAUGCAGUUUGGUAUCCCGAUACCAGUGAUCGGUGACUGGCUGAAUCAGCACUGGGAAGGCAGUCUUGAUGAACAUACGAAACCCAGGUUGCCGCUCCUCAGGUUGAUGUCAUCGGGUCAGAAGAGCGACCACUCUUGCCCUUCCUUUACCAGGCGUCGUGUUUUCAAACCGACUGAUGCUGAUGAUGACAAUGCUGGAACACCGCCUUCAUCCAAGACGAGGGAUCAGUCUACUGGUCCGGGCUCUUCUGUUACAGCUGCCAACACUAACGAGGAAGAGAAAGAGAAAACCUCAAAACCCAAUCCACUAGCCAAGGGGCACGAGCCCGGUAUCCCGACCCCAGAAAUAUACGAAUCACCGAAGAUGAUAUCGUGCCCUCUCAGACAGAAAGAGACGGGUCCGAUACAGCAUUUGGACAUCAACUUCCCUCCACGGAUCGCUAAAGUUACAAACUUUCCUUCUCAGCCAGGAAUAUGCCCUCAGCUUAACUCUUCAGAACAGAACAGGGCUUUCAAUGAGCAACUUCCUUCGAAGAAUCUGGCAGAGGAAGAUCGAAACGAAGAUAGAGAGGCUGAGAUCACAUCCGAGGACUCAGAUGAUCAGGUUGCUUCAACGGGUUCAGUAAACGGUGUCCAGAGCGAGGUCAUCUCAAGUUCAUCACCAGUAGAAGCUUCUGAAGCAUAUUACAAUAAUGGGUAUGGCAGUGAAGAGGAGACCAUGUAUUCUGCAGAAACAGCCGAGAGCCGCAACUACCCGACCCCUCCGAGACAGGACAAGUUUCAUCAGCCUGUCCAAAGAAGCCAAAGCUGUGUGAGCUACAACAGAUGGGAGACUCCUUGGAAGAGCUCGAGUCCUCGAAGAGUUAUGAUGGAGAAACAAGGAAGCUUUGUCCAUGGGAAGAAAGUGUAUUCACAAGCUGCAACUUCACAGAGGAGUAAUGACUACUACAGUCCAACCGUCUCAUCGAUCAUGAAGAAACGUAACAGUUCAGAGCCGCAGAUGCACAAACCUCUGGUUAGGGCUGUUAACUCUUCACCAAGAUGGAUGUUCUGAUCCAAUCUAAUACGAAACCGACACAAACGAGGAAGAAACAGCAACACCAUAAAAGAAGAAAAGACAUGUUUGCUUAGGUUAGAUGCCUUGAAACUCUUGUGCAAUAUUAUCACAAGUUUUGUGCAGACAGAUAGAAGUAAACACGGCAACAGAUAGGGAACACAGAGUCUGAACAGGGGCAUUUCGAGAUAGGAUCCGGAAUUGUAGUUCCCAGUUCCAAAAGCUACAUCACAAAACAUUCUUUUUUUUUACUUACAGACCAUAGAAAUUGUUGGUUAUAAGCUCAUGUCCGUGUUACAGGCAAGUUUCUAAGUGCAUAAGACCCAUUUCUGUAUUACAUGGUUAAAGACAGAGUGAAGGAUGUUCUUGAAGAGAUUUUACUUAUAACGUA